AUAACCCCCUCUCGCAACCGUCCCUCAUCCGCCUCGGUGUAGUAGUGUUAGCUUAGGCCAAACUGGAGCAAAUAUCUACUCAGAUCUCUUUCCCAUAAUAUCUACGGUUUAGGAUAUUAUAUUAUUUAAAGCCAAUGAGAAUGAAUUUAGUGUGUGACUCAACCAGUCUAGGCUAGCAGAAUUGCUAAUUUCAGUUGCUUUUUAAGUCAUGCUGCGGAAAGACGCUAUUGUCUACCUGCAGGAACAGCAGGGACGAUACGAUGACAAAGAAAGGGAGAAACUGAUAAAAAUGGAGGCUCUUUACCAAAAGAGGCUCUGGCAUCAGCUCACGGUGGAGCUGCUGGACUUCGUUCAGAGGCCGGCACUUGCCUCUGAUGGCCGGAUUCUGAAGUUGUAUGAGAACUUCAUCUGCGACUUCGAGCAUAGAAUGAAUCCAUUGUCCCUUGUGGAAAUGAUCCUUCUAGCUGCACAGCAAGUGCGUGAUGCUGGAAAUGCCUUGAAGCUGCUUGAGAAAACCAGAGAGAAGGUGAAAGGAAACAGUGAGGCAGUGAUUCUCUGCCUUACUGCUAUGUCCGCUGUCAAGUUAAAAAGCGGGGACCUCCCAGCAGGAAAGAGCCUCCUGGCUACCGUGGAGACCAUGCUGGAGCAGCUGCCUGGACUGCGCUCCACUCACAGCCGCUUCUAUUGUGCCUCCAGCAGUUACUACCGGGCCACCGGCCAGCACGCUCUCUAUUACAGACAGGCCUUGCGCUACUUGGGCUGUGUACAGAUUAAGGACCUCUCAGCAGACCUUCAGCAGCAGAAGGCUGUCCCGUUGGUGCUGGCUGCGCUCCUGGGUGACGGGCUCUACAACUUUGGGCACUUGUUGACGCAUCCCAUCCUGGCAGCGUUGCAGACUGCUGAGACACAGUGGCUGGUCCAAACACUCUAUGCCUUCAACCGUGGGAGCCUCAAGGGUUUUGAUGCUCUGCGGGACUCUUGGAGCUCACAGACCGAUCUAGCCGCCAAUGAGAAGAAACUGAGAAAGAAGCUGCAGCUGCUGUGUCUAAUGGAGAUGAUCUUCACAAGACCAGCACACUGCAGACGGAUGACCUUUGAGAAGAUUGCCAUGGAAACGGAGCUGCCAAUCAGUGAGGUGGAGCUUUUGGUAAUGAAGGCGCUGUCCUGUGGAUUGGUGAAAGGCAGCAUUGAUGAGGUGGACGGUCAGGUGCACAUGACCUGGGUGCAGCCAAGGGUGAUGGACCUGCAGCAGAUCUGUGGCAUGAAGGGCUGCUUGGAGACAUGGUGCAGUGGUGUAAGGAUGACUUCUAUGCUAGUGGAGAACCAUGCUGAUGAGGUGCUGGGAUAUCAGGCAUGAACAUUGGGCAUAGUGUGAAAGCUGUAACUAUGCUACUGAGGAGCAUUUAAGACCUGCUGUCUGUUUAUAAGGAAUAAACAUCACUGGUACUUCUA